AGUUUUCUUGUUAUUUCGAAUGACUUUUCGGAUAUUUCGCAGUCAUCAUCUAAUUUAUCUUCAUCGACUGCUUCUGAUGAGGCUACUAAAUGACGAUUUGUUAAAUUUUUAUUAACUAAUAAAAAAUACCCAUCACACAUUUUCAUGAAUGCAGUAAUUAUCUUUUUCGAUAAUAUGAUUCAUGCUCUUCGGCAUUUUCAUUUCUUAUAUCGAAAGAAAAGCUGCUUGACAUUAAGAAAAACAAUAAUAAGACAGUUAAUAAUAAAUUCAAAACGAUUAUACAAAAAAGAAACAAAUCUAAAAAAAACACAAUCCCAUCAGACUAUAAGAAAUUCGGUGGACUUGCCGUUCUAGAAGAGUUUAUGUUUUAAUAUUUAAAGAAUUUUCAUAUACAAUGGGUUUGAAUAGUUUACAUACAAAUUGAGCGCUUAUUUCAAAAAAUAAAAAGAAUCUCAAAGUAUGCAAAAAGGAAUUUAACACUAUUUCAAUACUUUUUGUUUGUUAUAGAUUAUUAGACAUCCUGAUCAUUAUCCAGCUGGCAGUGUAUUUUUGUGGUCACAUCAUGGAAAAAUGGUUAUUAUCGAUCAAAAAAUUGCAUUCAUUGGAGGUAUCGAUCUCUGUUUUGGCCGUUGUGACGAUGAGUUCAUGAGAUUAGUUGAUUUGGGUCCAGAUAAUGAAACACAAUUAAAAAUGCCAGACCAACUUGAAGCGGAAAAACAAGCAUCAGGCAAAGGAACUGUUGAAGCAUCAAGAAUGAUUACAACAAAAAUGGCGGAAAAGGCAGGAGAAAAACAAGAAACGGUAAAAAAAGAUGAAAAUGAACGUUUAUCUGUUUACUAG